CGUUAGCUUAUUGCACCGCACGGCACAUUUGUCCCAAAAAUCGUUGUGCGAAACAUGUCGACCGCGAACUUCUCCAAUCUGACUUCCGAGUUGGCAAAUUUCACGCGACCGCGAUUGGUCAGCCAGCAGGAACUGUAUGCAUGGUUCACCGUAACUAUAGUAGUCGGCGCUAUUGGCGCAAUAUUUACCUGUUGUCUGCUGAUGAUUAUGAUCGUUCUCAACAAAUUCCAAACCGGCUCCGGCAUCAUGAUCGCCCACUCGCAAAUUGUCGACUUCAUUAUCUGCACAAUUCUAAACAUUGUACAGAACGCCACCAUCCUGCAAGUGCAGAGUGGGCGGUUCACGCCCAUAGACUGCCGCACGGUGCAGUUUCUGCAAAUGCUGUUUGUCUUUGUUGGCAACUGGUCAGCGGUGUUCCUGGCGGCCAAUCGAUUCGUCGCCAUUGUCAUGCCAUUCUACUACAAAAAGGUUACCACGCACUGGACCCUGGCACUGAGCUUGCUCACGGCAUGGGCGAUUUCCUUAGGAUGCAGUUUACCGAUGUACCUUAACUUCAACGUGGUGCUAGGAAUGCAACCCACCGGUGCGUGUGGCACGUUAAAAAUCACCGGGCCAUUUUUCGGCAUCAUGGGUUUCGUGUCCACGUACCUGCCCAUCGCACUAUUGGGAGUGCUCUACAUAACGCUAUUUCUCCUUCAAAAAUUCAGCCGGUUUACUGAACGUUACCGGACUGAACCAUCCGAACGUCAGCGGGAGUCGCAUCGGCGGCGUAUUGCCUUGGCGAAAGUGCUGUUUUGUUCAUUUCUGUGGUAUUGUCUGUGUAUGCUGCCGCCACCGAUUCUGAUUAACUUUUAUCCGGAUGUCUGGCGACGCGAAUUCCGUUUACUCAUGUGGACGCGCACCUUGCUGAUGGUUGGAUACGCGGUUAACCCGCAUAGAUUUUAG